GGCUCAUACACAGUGCUUUUCUUACUGUUUAGACUCUGGAAUUUUAAAGAAGAGUAUGAAGGUACUGGUGACCGGUGCAUCCGGUUUCCUAGGCGGAAGACUCUGCCACGCCCUGCUCCGACAAGGCCACACCAUUCGGGCCUUGGUUCGCCGGACCAGCGACCUGUCGUCCCUCCCUCCGCCCACCGACGGCGACGCUUCCUUCGAAAUCGUCUAUGGUGAUGUGACCAACUACCAUUCCCUCCUGGCUGCCUGCUCCGACUGUCAAGUCGUCUUCCACGUAGCUGGCCUCGUCGAACCCUGGCUUCCUGAUCCUUCUAAGUUCUUCUCAGUGAAUGUUGGAGGGUUGAAGAAUGUCUUACAGGCAGUGCGAGAGACGAAGACCGUUGAAAAGCUGAUAUACACGUCCUCCUUUUUCGCUCUUGGACCAACCGAUGGAUAUGUUGCUGAUGAGAAUCAAGUUCAUCAUGAGAAGUUUUUCUGUACUGAAUAUGAGAAAUCGAAGGCCUUAGCUGAUAAGGUUGCAAUACAAGCAGCAUCCGAUGGGCUUCCAAUAGUGGCAGUUUAUCCUGGAGUUAUUUAUGGGCCAGGAAAGCUCACCGCCGGAAACAUUGUUGCCCGAAUGUUAGUCGAACGCUUUAAUGGGCGGUUACCUGGCUAUAUAGGGUCUGGAAAUGAUAAAUUCUCUUUUAGCCAUGUUGAUGAUGUAGUAGAGGGCCAUAUUGCGGCAAUGAACAAAGGACGACCUGGUGAAAGAUAUCUACUGACAGGAGAAAAUGCAUCAUUCAGGCAUGUUUUUGAUUUAUCUGCUAUCAUCACUGAGACAAAAAAACCUCUGUUUAAUAUCCCCUAUUGGGUGAUUGAGGGAUAUGGCUGGGUCUCAGUUCUUCUCUCACGAAUUACGGGACAGCUUCCUCUGAUCAGCCCCCCGACUGUGCGUGUUUUAAGACAUCAGUGGGCAUAUUCGUGUGAGAAGGCUAAACUAGAUUUGGAUUACAACCCUAGACGCUUGAAGGAAGGGCUAGCAGAGAUGCUACUCUGGCUUAAGAACUUGGGCUUGAUAAAAUUCUGAAAACGAUAUGGUCGAAUAGUCUGCAGCUUUUUAAUACACAUAUUCAAGCCAUCUCAUAGAAACAGGCUUUCAUAAUAUCAGAAAGUUUGGAAUUGUCCACAGUGCUAAGAACGAGUAUCUCAUAAUGUUGUGAAAAGUAUAAUGGU